AUGAAAUCGCUGACGAGACUGCUGUUUGUGGUGACCGUAUGUUGUGCGGCAGUUGUCAUCGGUUCGUCGAGAGUGCACUUGGAUCCAACAGACAACGCGUAUCGGGGGAUCGUUGUCGCGGUCUCGCCGAAGAUAAAACCCGUUCUCGGGAGGCAAAUCAUCCCCAAUCUAGAGGCGGUGCUUCGCAACGCGUCGCUGGAAUUGUUCAAAAAUCGCGGUAUCUACAUCGGUGAAGUUCACGUGAUCAUCCCAAGGUCAUGGGGCAACAAAGGCCAAUGGGCACGCCAGCCCCUGCCGAAAAUCGAGGCACCGACGUGGCAAACCCACCGUGACGCCGAUAUUCUGAUCGAACGCGGCGAAGAAUCCGUUUUCGGUGAGAACCCUUUCGUGGUCCAACAUGGAGGUUGUGGAGUCCAGGGUCGACACAUGGUCAUACCGGACACUUUUCUACGUAAUUACGUCAGCGAGCAGCAUUACGAAAAAUACGGGAAGCCGCAUCACGUGUUCAUGCGCGAGUGGGCAGUCUAUCGUUACGGGGUAUUCAAAGAGCACGGUUUCCCGCGGGACCCUGUGUACCCGCUGUAUCGAGCAAAGCCCGGAAGCCUCGAUGGAAGUGAUAUCGAGCUGAACGUCUGCACGGAGCGACCAGUCUGGCCCCAGUUCAGAAACGGAAACGGUGUCGCCUGCAAUGCGACCAUCAACCUUAUGAACGGUCUGCCGAUGGAUCAGGACUGCAUCCCCGUCUACUCGAUCCACGACAAGGUAGAAUCGUCGAUCAUGAGCGGAAUACCGUCAGCAACUCAUUUCUGCGGAGGACACCAUCACCACGACCGGACUUUGCCCACCAAACAAAAUGUCAUGUGCAACGAACGCUCAUCCACCGAAAUUAUUGAGCAACACGAGGAUUUCUACCGGCGAGCUCGCAAUGGUUUGCAAGGAAGGACGCGGUUCAUCUUUGUGCAGGAGAAAGCCCAAGUCAUGACCGUACUCAUCCAAAUUUCAGAAGCAACACUGCAACACCAACGUCGAUAUUACAUCCUGCGAGCACUCGAACAGUUCAUGACGUACGAUGCUCCGAAGGACAUGCAAAUAUCAAUCGUCACUUACGGCGAAGCCGAGGCCGAAAUAGGGCUCCGAAGAGCCCCAGCCUCCGAGGACAACGUGAAAAAAGCAGUCGCGACACUGUUAUUGAACGCCGACAUCGAGCCGGGACAAAACUCUUCUCUUGCCGAGGGUCUCAAGCUCGCUCUUGAGGCUCUCAACGACACUUCGGAGCUUAUGGAACGAAUCCCCCCGAGCAGUUUUACCCAGAGGGUGGUAGUUAUCGGAGAUGGUCAUCUCGACAAAAACCUCGAGGACAUCGUCCGGCAUAACUACGAGUAUCAGGACAUUCGAGUCGAUUCGAUUAUUUUCCCGUCGCCUUCGAACGAUCUCAAAAAACUCAACACUCUCGACAAGUUUGUUGCACGCACCGGCGGCCGCACGGUCGCUAUCAACGACGUGUCCAUCGACGACUCGGUGACGGUGACCGCGCUCCAGGUGUUGUACGAUGCACUCUACUCGUUCGCCUACGGCAGUCUAUCCGGACAGGAGGAAAUGAAUUACGCCGAUAUCGAGCUGAGAGAGUUCCACGGAAAAGAGCAGCACGACAUCAACUUCGAUUUCUACGUCGACCCCUCACUUAACCGGGACCUUCGAGUGAGACUUAUCGGACAUGAUUACGGCCUUGAUAAAGCGUGGACCGUUUCUUCGAGGGACUUGAAGCUCUCGGCGCCGGACGAGAACGACCGGAAGGUCUACACGACCAAGGACUACAAAUUCCUUUUCACUGACGGCCGCUUCUGGUAUUACGAGUUCAGGAUACCGGACCCGGCGCCCGGUCAUUGGAAACUCGAGGCCAAGGCACGCAAGGACACGAAGCAGCCAAUUAUCGUGACAGCGGCUGCUAAGCCUUCGAAAGAAGAGGAACCGAUCCUGCUCGACGCAUGGAUCUCUCAACCGAGUUUCAACGUGAGUCUACGCAAUGAAGGUCUGAUCGUGUACGCCAAGCUCAGUAAGGGCAGCAGACCUGUGGUCGACGCGAAGGUCGUCGCCAAAAUAACUCCGGUCUCCGAUCAGAGCGAAACUCAACUGUGCGUUGAACUCAAGGAUAACGGCGCAGGAGACCCGGACAUCACGAAGGACGACGGUAUCUACUCGAGAUAUAUCGAGGGCAUUAAGAAUAUCGGUAGACACACACUCGUUGUCGAGGCCAAGAGCGACGGGAACGCUGCUCUUCUGCGCAGUGCCACCGUGCCAGACGAUACCGUUCCCCACACUCCGUGUUGUGGUAGUGCCGUCGUGCGGACAGCCUCCAACGCUACGAAGCCGUUCGCGCGUCGGAUGCACUACGGCUCGUUUUUCGUGACGAAAAUUUCCCGUGAGCAAAGAGACGGAGAGAUUCGCGCGCCUUGGGCAGCCCCGGGUCGCGUGGCCGACCUCCGCGUAGUCUAUCUGCAGUCCAAUCCGUCCGGCGUGAGCCUAGCUUGGACCGCAACGGGAAAUGUGAAAGAUCACGGAAAAGCCAGCUCGUACGUCAUAAAGAAAUUCGAAAACCGCGACGACGCCGUCGCGCAAUUCGACGUGCGAGGACAAGAGAUCAGCCAUUGGGAAAUGGAAGGAAGUCCUCCGAUACCAAAGGAGGCCGGCGCCAUGGAGCAAGUCUUCAUCAAAACCAUGAAUCAGGUGCCGGUGUAUUUUGCUAUUAAGGUGAACAACAGCUACGGGACGCUGUCUGCCGUCUCGAACAUCGUUGUGGUCAGCGUCAUGCCACCGGCCACAACGACGAGCAGCAGUAGCAGCAGCUCCACGCUGUGGAAUCAAGGCCAAAGAACCACUCAGGGAGGAGGUGGAGGAGGAGGUGGCGGCAAUGGGGGAGGAGGAGACUACUCGAACGAGGAGGGCUCGACCGACGAGAGAGAAGCGCGAAUUCAGCCGGGUCAGUUCGCUCUUAUCAUCACUAUUCCACUUGUUGUGUUGGUUUUGGGAGUCUGCGUUCUGAUUGUAAUUGUCGCUCGUCGAAGAAGGGAUCCCUUGGAGAAGAAACCUUCAUCCGAUAACAACAAGAACGGUGAACUCGAUACCCCGAAAAGCGGCACGCUCUCCAAGGACGGGAGCACAAGGCAAGAAAGUCCUGUACUCCAAAGUCCCAAGGAAGGCAUGACCCCGAUGGGGGUCGAAAUCGUUCACCAAACCCAACAAUCAGGCCUUUCGCCGAUAAACAGCUGGCCGGCCGAGGUUCUUCUGGACCACUACGGCAAAGUGCAAGAAGCGAAGCAGAGGAACGAGCUGCCACCCGUUCUGAGUUUGAAUCCGCACUCUCACGACGAGUCGUUACACUCCUCGAACCCGAGUCUGUACAGCACAAUGGACCCCUUCAGAAGAAACACCGGACAACCCGUAGUUUAUUCCCCGUAUUACGGGAAUCCACCCAUUGUCACACCGAUGGGUGUUCAUGUUUCGCGCAACAUCACGCAAGUCUAG